AUGCUUGGACAUUCUUCGAUUUGGUUCUACUCGUACAAGUACUUGGGCGAGUCGAUUAACCCAAGUGCACCAAAUGCUCAGGUUUUCUACCCCGCAAACAUGAUUCUCCUUGAGUAUGCCCUUGAUCAUACUCACACUAUUGUGAAAACAGGUAAGCAAGGCGGAAAGGUUGUCAUCUGGGACAUUGAUGGCCCCGGGUUUCACACAAUAGACGAAUUCUCUGCAGAAGAAUUGCGAAAACAUAUGGACCUUUGUUUCACUGGAUAUUUUCUGGCGGCUAAGCACACUCUUCCUCAUCUGCGGAAGACAAUAGGGUCCAUCGUCAACGGUGGCAAAACAGCUGGAACGCACGGCCAACGUUUUGCAACUGCGUACUGUGGCUUUCAGGCUGCUGUAUCUGGGUUUACUCGCGCUCUGGCAUUGGAGGAAGCGUUAAAAGGAGUUAGGGUGAAUGCUGUGAUCUCAGGGACAAUCAAUUCGCCACUGCUACAUACAUUCGCAACUAAGACAGAACAACUGAAGGAAUAUGAAGACUUUGCCGUACGUACAGGGAUGAGAAUGAAACAUUAA